AGGGGUCCGUUUCAKGAGUAUCUCGUGUGGGUUAUUUUAUUAGGAUGACAUUUGGGAUCGUAUCUGCCCRUAGGAGUUUAUAUGAAUGUCUCCAGUCCAGCAUUUGUCUCAUGGCUGGCCAUUUAGUCUGUAUGGCUGGAUCGCUUUUCCCUGAGAGGUAGGGAUUGUCAGCUUAAAUAACGAAAGGUGCAUGCGGGACGUUUGUCUGUGAUGGACAGAACCCAGACAAAGCAAAGGUAACUCAGGAUGCCUUAUGCACGGGAAGACCCGCGUAUGCUCAGGCCAAUUGAGAAAGAGGGAGGGCUUGAAGUGUCUUUACCCAGGCGGGUCAGAGAAGGAGAGUAUGUUUCAUCAUGGUGGGGCGUGGUGAUGGGCACAGACAUCUUCGUCUGGAUCGAGUCUGGGUUCGACGACCAACAGGAAAGCGCAAUUGUGAGGGUGACCCUGUACGCUUCAGCCGCCUUUUGGGUCAAGCAUGGGAUAGAGUUGGCGCUUGGGCAUGGAAGCCUGCUUGCUAAGCCUUUGAGGGUAGUCGAGGCCGCGRCAGCAAAGUGGGCGAGGGAAGUGUCUCGUGUCAGGGAAAGGCAAGUACUAACCCGUGUAGAGGUUAAGUGCGCUGGAGAGUUCGCGCCUCCAUCUGCUCCGCUGCGAGUCACCUUGCCUGAGUUCCUCAUAGAGAAGAGUUUUGGUGGGCAGGCGAAGGUAGAGGCGGCAGCUGAAGCGGCUAGGAGGGUGCGAAACUGGGAGUAUGGACGCUAUACUUGUGAACUGAUAUAUGGUUUAUACUUAGACCCRAAGUUCUCGCCUUCUAGGCAGUGGCUUAAGAAUACGGCCAAUAUGGUUGACAUAUAUGCCGCUUCUCAUGAUCCGAAUGAGGAAAAUGURGACUGGGAUGAGCUUCGAGCAGUAGCAGAGCUAAGUGGUUUACAAAGRCAAGUAGGGGCAUUGGAAGAAAGGUUAGCACGAUUGGAAGAGGCCAGGAAGGGCAAGCGGAAGGUUUUAGAAGAUUCCCCAAGUAAGCCGACCGGYCGGGGUGAAGGAGGAGUAGAGAAGGACGUCCAAGAGUCACCCCUCUCGAUAGGAGCCCCAAAGAGGCGAGCCGGGGCUCAAGCGAGCGACGAAGGCAAAGGAUUCGUCGAAAUAAAGAAGGAACAGGAUGUUAAUAUGGCCCAGCCUGUCCGUGCGCCAAAUCCAAGGAGGGGGCGCGCUAGCAUGGAAGCAUCCUCAGCGGCAGGUCGGGAAGGGCAAAAGAGUGGAUGGUGGCCAGAGCAAUGGGUGACGGUGGUAUGCGAUCAUUGGGGAGAGACUCGCCGUAUCCCUCAAGCAAGUAAGGAAAAGGGUAUGAUGGGAAGAAAAAGRGAGCUUGAGCCUCCCAAACCAACAAUGGCUCAGCRAGAGGCGAGGGGUCAGCCCCAGGGAGGUCAGGAUACCGGAGAAGGGCAGUGCUCGCAACAAGAGGUAGUCACUCCGCUAGGAAUGGAAGAUGAAACUGCUCAAAGGGGGCCUUCGGUGGCCGAGCAGACACUAUAUCGGCGGUGGAUGCCGUACGAUCAGAUGGGUAUAGGGCCUGCGAUUGGGAUAGACUUCUUCAAGGGUUAUCAUGUCUCCGAUUUCCUUGACAAGUUUGAACAGAUAGCGUCACACUACAAGUGGAGCGAGGAGCGAAUGCUGGAAGAGGUCAUGGGGUUUAUCCAUAUAGGGUUGAGGGAUGAAGUUGAUAGCUUGGUUAUUAGAGCAAGGCCAUCAUGGGGGGAAUUUUGUGAUGACAUGAGGCAUAAGUACUGGUUAGGUGAGGAGCACCCGACCAAUAAUGAUCCUGAGAUGGUACCCAGGCCUCUGGUAACCCAACCCAGCUCGGGAGGCCAUUACAACUACCGUCGCAGCAAGUGCCGCAAGGCGGCAGGGCAAACGCAGAAGGUCGAAGACAGGUCGCUGGAAGAGGCCGUGGACAUGGCAGGCGUGGCUACGCGGGCCGUGGAGUUGGUGGACGAGGCGAUGGAGGUCGCGGAAAUGACAGGCAAGGCACCGAAGGUCGCGAUGGGAGUCAGCGAAACCAUAAGUGGGGCUCAAAGAAGAAAGGGGCUUGAUGGUGCCGAAUAAGACGGUCGUUAGAGUGAGCCRGGUGAUCAAGGGUGCGGAGGGGGUAGAUGAGAUGACUAGGGUAGAGAAAGU